ACUCAAACUUAACCAAACCCAAUCCAUUUGUCACACUUCAUUACAUUAACACAAUAGUAUACUAAAAGGACUCUGCCAACUCUGCCAACUCUCCUUCCUUCUUCCUCCUUUUCUUUGUUAUUUUUCUCUUUUUUUGUUUCUUAAAAGAAUCAAAACCAAAUAAAUAUUCAAAAUAACCCAAAUCUGUAAUCUCUCUUUCUCCCUCCUUUUCAUUUUUUUUUUUCAUUCUUUUGUUCAAAAAUCUCAUACACGAACAGAGAAGAAAACAGAAGCCCAUUGCUUUGAGAAAUUGUCUAAAUGAAAAAUAUGUUAAAGGGCAGCAACACUGUGUUCUUGUUCUUGUUCUUGCUGUUUUUGUUAUCCUCUUCAUGGGUUUGUUCUAUUUUAGCUACUGUGUCUUAUGACCAUAGAGCUAUUACAAUCAAUGGCCAAAGAAGGAUUCUUAUUUCUGGUUCCAUUCACUAUCCAAGAAGCACUCCUGAGAUGUGGCCUGAUCUUAUUCAAAAGGCUAAAGAUGGAGGCUUGGAUGUUAUACAAACUUAUGUGUUUUGGAAUGGACAUGAGCCUUCUCCUGGAAAUUACUAUUUCGAAGAUAGAUAUGAUCUAGUCAAGUUCAUCAAGGUGGUACAAGCAGCAGGACUUUAUGUUCAUCUCCGGAUUGGACCCUAUAUUUGCGCUGAAUGGAACUUCGGGGGAUUUCCUGUGUGGCUAAAAUAUGUACCAGGCAUUGAAUUUAGAACAGACAAUGGACCUUUCAAGGCGGCAAUGCAAAAGUUCACUGAGAAAAUUGUCAGCAUGAUGAAGUCAGAAAAGUUGUUUGAAUCUCAAGGAGGUCCAAUAAUUCUAUCUCAGAUAGAAAAUGAAUUUGGACCAGUUGAGUGGGAGAUUGGUGAACCAGGGAAAGCUUAUACAAAAUGGGCAGCUGAUAUGGCAGUUAAACUUGGCACUGGGGUCCCAUGGGUCAUGUGCAAGCAAGACGAUGCCCCUGAUCCUGUUAUUAACACCUGCAAUGGUUUCUACUGCGAAAACUUCAAACCAAACAAGGAUUACAAACCCAAACUGUGGACAGAAAACUGGACUGGCUGGUACACGGAAUUUGGUGGUGCAGUUCCUUAUAGGCCAGCAGAAGAUUUGGUAUUUUCGGUUGCAAGGUUUAUACAGAAUGGUGGUUCGUUCAUGAACUAUUAUAUGUACCAUGGAGGAACUAAUUUUGGCAGAACUUCUGCCGGUCUCUUUAUUGCCACUAGCUAUGAUUAUGAUGCUCCACUUGAUGAAUAUGGACUGACAAGGGAUCCAAAAUGGGGACACUUGAGAGAUUUGCAUAAAGCCAUCAAGCUAUGUGAACCUGCUUUAGUCUCUGUAGAUCCCACAGUAAAAUCACUUGGAAGUAAUCAAGAGGCUCAUGUAUUCCAGUCAAAGUCAUCAUGUGCAGCAUUCUUGGCAAACUAUGAUACAAAGUACUCUGUAAAAUUGACCUUUGGAAAUGGGCAAUACGAUUUGCCACCUUGGUCUAUCAGCAUUCUCCCUGAUUGUAAGACUGCAGUUUUUAACACCGCAAGGCUUGGUGCACAAAGCUCACAGAUGAAGAUGACUCCUGUUGGCGGCGCACUUUCUUGGCAAUCAUACAUUGAAGAAGCUGCAACUGGUUAUACGGAUGACACAACUACUCUGGAAGGAUUGUGGGAGCAAAUAAAUGUUACAAGGGAUGCUUCAGACUAUUUGUGGUAUAUGACAAAUGUCAAUAUAGAUUCUGAUGAAGGAUUUUUGAAAAAUGGAGAUAGUCCUGUUCUCACAAUUUUUUCAGCUGGCCAUUCUUUGCAUGUUUUCAUCAAUGGUCAACUAGCAGGAACUGUGUAUGGAUCAUUAGAGAAUCCUAAAUUAACAUUUAGCCAGAAUGUGAAGUUGACAGCUGGUAAUAACAAGAUUUCUUUGUUAAGCGUUGCUGUGGGUCUCCCGAAUGUCGGUGUCCACUUCGAAAAAUGGAAUGCCGGAAUUCUGGGCCCAGUCACAUUGAAGGGUUUGAAUGAGGGAACAAGAGACCUGUCAGGAUGGAAAUGGUCUUACAAGAUUGGUCUGAAAGGUGAAGCUCUAAGCCUUCAUACUGUCACUGGGAGUUCAUCAGUUGAAUGGGUAGAAGGAUCACUAUCAGCUAAAAAACAACCACUAACGUGGUACAAGGCUACUUUUGAUGCACCAGAAGGUAAUGACCCAGUAGCUUUAGAUAUGAGUAGCAUGGGAAAAGGUCAGAUAUGGGUAAAUGGUCAGAGUAUAGGACGCCACUGGCCCGCAUAUACAGCACGUGGUAGUUGCAGUGCUUGCAACUAUGCUGGAACUUAUGAUGAUAAGAAAUGUCGAAGUAAUUGUGGAGAACCCUCCCAGAGAUGGUACCAUGUUCCACGCUCAUGGCUGAACCCGAGCGGGAAUCUAUUAGUUGUGUUUGAAGAAUGGGGUGGUGAACCAAGUGGAAUUUCUUUGGUUAAAAGGACUACAGGAAGUGUUUGUGCUGAUAUAUUUGAAGGACAGCCAGCACUGAAAAACUGGCAGAUGAUAGCUUUGGGCAGACUUGAUCACCUCCAACCCAAAGCUCAUUUGUGGUGUCCUCCUGGGCAGAAAAUCUCUAAAAUUAAGUUUGCUAGCUACGGAUCACCUCAAGGAACAUGUGGAAGCUUCAAAGCGGGAAGCUGUCAUGCCCACAAGUCAUAUGAUGCUUUUGAAAAGAAAUGUAUCGGAAAACAGUCUUGUUCUGUAACUGUGGCUGCUGAGGUUUUUGGAGGGGAUCCUUGUCCUGAUAGCUCAAAAAAGCUUUCAGUUGAGGCUGUCUGCACUUGAAGUCACAAAGAACCAAAUUUCUAACCCGAAUAAAUGAAAUCCCAGAUUACAUCAGCAUCAGUACAUAGAAGAUUUGUUUCAGAAUUUAUAAGAUUGCAAGAUUAUGUGUCCAGAUUGCCAAGAUUUGAAUCUCUAGUGAGGCAAAACACGUGGAAACAUACCACACAGUUUCAAUUUCGGCGAAGCCGAAUGUAGUAGAUUGUGAAGUGGUCAGAAAGGGAGCCUCAUCAUCAUGUACAUAGAAAAGCAAGCUAUUAUUUUGUCAAAUACAGCUCCAUACAUCAUACAUAGGCUCAUUUUCAUCUGCAAGAAAAUCACAGUCCUUAGAUUAUUGAUAUUUUUGAUACAUGUAAUGUAAUGUAAGUAAGCUUUUAGCUUACUGGGGUUUCUACUAGCUGAAAGCAUUCUUUGUGCUUUUCCAUUGUAAGAAUAAAAUUUAAGAGAACAGUUCCAGCUUUCCGAUA